AUGUCCGAGGCAAGGCGUGGAGUAACCUUUGCUCUCGGUGGAAAAACUCCUGCGUCUGGCGACGAAAUGUCUGAUGCACAAGGAGGCGAAUUCAUGGACCCAAAUAUCUUUUCAUCGCCUGCUUACAGCGCUGGUGUGAGAGCCUCUAACAGACGUGCCCAGGCCACUCCAGGUAGUAUUGAGAUAAGAAGUUCACUUCGCAGGAGAUCCACGGGUAUCCCUUCUCCUGUAAGAUAUCCCGUGAAGUCUGAUUCGGAUGUCGAAGAAGAAACAGAAGACGAAGAAGAGUCAAGUUCAGGCUCAGAAGACGAAGACUCGGGAGACCAAGGCUCAGAAGACCAAAACUCGGAAGACGAAGACGAUGAAGAGGAGGAGGAUACGAAUGAGGAUGAUGAUGACGAUGAUUCUGAUGAUGAUUCUGAUGACGUAGAAGAUGCUAUUCCUCCCCGGAGGUGGUUUGAGAAAGAAGUUGAAACAGCAGCCCCAAUUUUCUUUGAGCAGGAGCCCCCGGCGAAGAAACCGUUCGAGAAGGUUUUUAUUGCUCCUCCUCCCGAGCCUUCAGAUAUCGAUGAGCCAGUGGUACCUGCCGCUGUGCAGGAGAGACUUAAAAGAGGAAGCUCAACUAUGGGAACCACUUUCAGGUCUGCACUGAAACCCAAAAGGAGAAAAAUUAUUAGCCCUAUUGUCAGCCCUAUCGUCCAUCAAGAUGAUUCCUCGGUAGUCAUGCAACCGGAAUAUGACGGGCCAUACCAGUUAGAAGAUCUUCCAGAUCCCGUGUACGACUCGGACGGAUCAAUGAUAGUACCAUCAUCCAGCGAGAAGGGUAGUGAUUAUGAAGACAGCAUUCGGAAACCUAAACGUACGGGAAAGAGUCCUCAAAAGCCACCACCUCGAAUUUCUGCAGAGAUUAAGCCGAGAAGGGGGAGAUCUGCGACCCCCAUAUUCGGGCUAGAAACUGUUCCUGAACUGCCAGAAUCGAUGAAUAUUGAUAUACCGGCCAUUCCUCAUACACCGUCUCCAAGGAAGAGGAGAACACCAGUCAAAGGACAAUCUUCCACAGCUAGGAUAGAUACCAAACUGCCUACCCGCAGGGAGCGAGGUAACAAGAGAACUACUGUCUCGCUGCCGGCAGCGCUACCGCAGGAUGGGCCACAAAGCUUACCAGGAGCACUCCCCGAAGCAAAGGAUAAACCAACAACACCCCGCAAGGCCGCGAGGUCACCACUACCUGCGACAGAUAAGCCUGUAAGAACCCAUCCCAAAGAAUGGGAUGUAUCGAGUUCUCCAUUUUUGGAAAAUCCUGAUAUCCACCGCUCAAGUAGCCUUAGGAGGCAACCGUCUUCACCAGAGCCGCUGUCCAAUGCUUCAUUCAAAAGCCUUAUCGAUGAAAAUGCUCGAAUCAAUGCUCAACUAACACAGUUGGAAAGUGAAAAUGAGAAAUUCGUUGGCCUCGCUGAGAUCCUUGGUGAGAUCGCAUUUACGAGCGCAGAUCAACCAAUAAAAGAAAUUGAAGAGGUGAGAUUGAGUCUGGCUCAAAUUGAUCAUCCUGCAGCAGAGGUGAUUGAUUAUCUUAUUGAAGAGCUUUUGGUUAAGCGUACAGAGCUCUCUGAGGCAAGAGAAAGUGAGGGGAAAAGUUGGACUCAGGCGCAGGAGCUGAGAGAUGAAAACGAUUCCUUGAAGGAGAAGGUCGUGGAGUUACGCAAACACAGUGGCUCCAAAGAUCCUAAUAUACAAUCGGAUACCAGGAAUGCUAGUGUCACUAAGAGCACGACCAAGCCCCGGACUGCAUCUGCUGCGUCUCCUCAACUUGAAAGAAUCCCAUCUUCUGUAUCCCCUCACCAGAGGAGGAGAAGAGGCAAUAGGCAUUCUGGAGGAGCCGACACUGCUGCAUUAGAUGCUCUUGGAGCCAUUGCCGCCUUAAGGGGAGCAUUGGCGGCUUUAGAUCCCGGGGGUGAAUUUACAGAUCAAAGGGCCGAAUCGAUCGCCCAUCAGAUUGCAUUAUUACAGGCACGGGAGGCAUUACGUCUGAGCCAAGCAGAAGUUGCAGCCAAGGCAGCUAAUCCGCAGGAUAUAACAGACCGGGACGCAGAAAUAGCGAGGCUGACUGCGUUAGUCGCAGCGGGAGGAGGAGGAGGAAGGGGGGGGGAUGGUCCAGAUAGCGCAAAUCUCAGACUCAGACUCAGGGAGGCACAAAGGCAACUCGACGGAUUCAAACAGUUCCCUGAGGACAUAAGUCUAAAUAUUGCUCAGAUUACAGAUGCAGCCAUCGUUACAGAAUGGAAUGAGAUUUAUGCAAACAUCAUGACUGUUUGCUCAAUCAACUACUCUGCACGUCCUGGUUUUGUGAAUUUCGACUAUGAUGCUAGUGAUGCUGCCGGCGAGCUCACUUCAAUAUAUCUGCGGGAUGUUACUCUCCGCCAGAACACUUGCACUCGGAGAAUUAAUAGAGCCGCAAAGGCCGGUUUAUAUGAUUAUAGGACACAAGUGUCGGCCGCAAUUUUCUACAGGAUACUUAUUGAUGAAAUAUUCAACCCGAUACACUACAUGUUGACACUGCGUUUCCAGGAUCCGUCACAGCGGUGGAAGCACAAGAAGCAAUUGAAAUUUGCAUAUGAAGCGAACGACUUUUUCAGAAAUCAAACACAGGGUUGGUUUCAAGAGAGGUCGUCUUGGUCCCUACGAAAAGAAGAGGCUUUAGCGGAAAGAAUGGAACAGACGGAGCCAUCGGGUUUCCGUAAAAGGAUUCGCCCAAAUUUCAACUAUUUUAGAAAAAUUGAAAAUACUAACCUCGCGGACAAUGGCGAUAUCCGAUCUGUGCUUGUGCUGAGGGCGAAAUUAAUGCACGCUAUCUUCUCUGCCAGCGAAGACAGUCUCGGUGACAAGAGUAAAGAGUUGCGUGAUUGCGUCUCGGCACUCAUUCGAGAUACGCUUCGUCCAUUCCGCCUCCCGCCUGUGCCGGUCCCAGCUGGUGGAUUAGCAGCUGACGGAUUAGCAAACCCCCUCUCAAAUGGUGGACUCAAGUUUGCAAUUUGGAACAUUAUCAAAAGAUCAUACUUACUUGCCUUGAAUAUAUCUUUUCAGCCAACCGUAAUAUUUGCACAUAACGAUGAGCUAUUAUCAAUGAUGUAUUUCAAUGCAACGAUCAUGGAAGACAACGACGCGGUAGACGGUCUAACACCUGAGCAAUUACAUGCGCACCAUACUGCCAUCGAGGCCGUUUCUAGAGGGUUUCCCAGGAUGGAGACAACAAAUAAGGUCGAUGUGGUUAUUCGCCCGACUUUGUCGAAGAAAGGGAUUCAGACGGAUGGUGCGCAGUUCGACAUCAGAGGAUGGACAACCCUCUGCCCCGCAUCAGUUGUUUUGGCACCGGUCAUAACUGCAGCAGAUUUACCUUAUGACGUAGCUGAUGAUGAAGAUGAUGAUGCAGCUGAAGGCGGCGGUUGA